AUGACGCUAUACUUGAGUCCUGUCAAAACAUAUCAGGAGUGUGGAUUCCACUAUUGGCCUUCAACGGCCUUACCCCCAUCAGUGGGGAGGCGGAGUGAGGUGGUAGGAGGAAAUGUGGGGGCCAGUGCCCACCUACCUGCGCACCACCAGUCUGAGAGUCUUGUAGGAUCCUUUCACGAGGGAGACGGCCUCCCUUCUGGAGCUGUUCAGUGUGACCUCAUUGAUGUGGACAACCUCGUCCCCAGCUUGGAGUUUGGUGGUCACCAAGUCAGCUUUUCCCCCUUCUUCAAUCUGCUCAGAGAGAUGAGAGAACCAAAAGUGAGCUUCCACCAGCCUGGGGUCCAACUGACUGUCCCAGGGCCUGUCUGGACUCCUGCAGAGUCUGAUAAACUGGCUCUGACCAACCAGAGGUCUCGACCGCUCUGGGAGCAGCGGCUUACGGUGCAGACAAGGCCAAGUCCAAGAACGCACAACCAGUCCCCAAAAUGGCACAGAAAUGGCAUCAAGAAACCCCGAUCACAGAGAUAUGACUCUCUUAAGGGGGUAGACCCCAAGUUCCCGAGAAAUAUGCGUUUUGCCAAGAAGCACAACAAGAAGGGCCUGAAAAAGAUGCAGGCAAACAAUGCCAAGGCCUUGAGUGCGCGUGCUGAGGCUGUCCAGGCCCUGGUAAGGCCUAAGGAGGUGAAGCCCAAGAUGCCAGAGGGUGCCAGCCGCAAACUCGAUCGCCUUGCUUUGCUUGCCCAUCCCAAGCACGGGAAGCGUGCCCGUGCCCACAUGGCCAGGGAGCGCAGGCUCUGCCUGCCAAAGGUCAAAGCCCAAGCCAAGACCCAGGCUGCAAGUCCAGCUGCAGUAUCAGCAUCGGCUCCAGCUCUGGCUCCAGCUCCGGCUCCCGCCCCCAAGGGUGCCCAGGCCCCCAAGAGUGCCCAGGUCCCUGUGAAGGCUCCAUAA